AUGGCAGGGCGUGAUGGGAGCUCUGCAGAACGUGACUCGAGAUCGGAUGGGGGUUGGGAUGAGUAUGGGGAGGAGUAUGGGGAGGAGGAUGGGAGGGAGGGGAGGGAAGGGAGGGACGAGAGGGAAAGGGAGGAAGGGAGGGAGGGGAUGGAGGGACAGAGAGGGAAAGAUGAGAGGGAGGAGGAAGAGCAGGAGGAGGAGGAGCAGGAGGAGGAGGAGGAUGUUUUUCCAGGUUAUAAUGGAGACGGGGUGUACAGUGGUGAGGAUGUGGGGAGAAUGCGAAGAGAAGGCGAGAGGGGGGAAGGGGAGGGAGAAGAGGAGGAGGAGGAGGAGGAGGAGGAGGAGGAGGAGGAGGAGCAUCGUGAUUUGGAUGAUGAGGAGGAGGAGGAAGACGAUGAUGAUUCUGAUGAUGAUGAUGUUGCAAUAGCUGUAGCUGCAGAUGCCAUAGCCCUUGAUGUGAACGGGCGGGAGCAUGGGAUGAGGGAAAGAAACUCUUACUCACACGCACAGGGGUUUAAGGAGCAAGGAAGAGAUGAGUCACGCGAGAGGGCGUGGGAGGUGGAGGAGGAGGAGGAGGAAAGGCGAUCUUGGGUGGGUGGGCAGGAGGAGGGAGGGAUGGAUGGAGCUGGAGGGGUGAGUGGUGCUUUCAGGGAGUUAGGUGGUGGGAUGGUGCAGGAUGGGGAGGAGGAGGUGAAGGGGAAGGGUAAGAAGGGGAAAGUCAAGGGUGAGAAGGUUAAGAAGGUCAAGAAGAAAGCAAAGGAGGAGAAGGAGAAGGAGGGGAAGGAAGGGAAGGAAGGGAAGGAGGGCAAGGGGAAGAAAUUAGUACAGGUGAAAAAGCAGGUGAAGGAGAAGGAGGGGAAAGAGAAGGAAGGGAAGGAGAAGGAAGGGAAGGAAAAGGAAGGGAAGGUUGAGAAGGUGAAGAAGAUUAAGAAGAAGCUGCAGCUGCCCUUGCAGCCGGAACGGGAUGAAGGAGAAGUUUUCGACCGUCAGAUGGAGCAGCAGUACAAGCGAUCACAGUCGUUGGAUCACGGCAAACAUGCCGCCCAGCUAGCAUCGGCCUCGGAGCAUCCCCUGCCACACAAUCUUAGCUUCGUGUCGCCGCCACAUCGUAUGAUGGCAGCAGCAGGGCAGCAUGGCAGAAUGGGGAGUGACAUGAGUCAUGGCAUGGGGCACGAGCAGCAGGAAUGCCAGGCUUCCUAUGAGCCACCUCAGAAAGCGUUCGGGGCGCAACGAACGGCUUUCGAGGCGCCUCCGAAGCAGGGGUGGGAUUCGAGGCGUGGCAGGGGGGGGCAUGGGGAGGAGCAGAUGCAGCAGAUGGGGGUUGGGAUGGGUGAGGAGGAGAGAAGCAGUGGUGGUGAUGGAAGGGCGGCGGACAGGUGGCGGAACGUGAUUGGCCGGCCGUUGGAGCGGGUGGAGGAGAGAUACGAGAUGGUGGGGGAGGUGCUGGGGAGGGGGUACUUUGGUGAUGUGGUAGUGUGUCGGGAGCGGCACACAGGAGAGUACAUGGCGUGUAAAGUAAUCAAGAAAGCAAACAUCAUGAGCGAGGAUGAUGCAGAGGACGUGAUGAACGAGGUGGCGGCGCUGGACACGGUGCGAGGGCACCCUCAUAUUGUUCAACUGGUGGAGACAAUAGAGGACGAACAGGUGGGUGGGUGCUGGGAAGGCAGAGGACGAACAGGUGGGUGGGUGCUGGGAAGGCAGGUAACUCGUGAGUCGAGUCACAACGAGGUGGCAGCAUUGGACACGGUGCGAGGGCACCCUCAUAUUGUGCAACUCGUGGAGACAAUAGAGGACGAACAGGUGGGUGGGUGCUGGGAAGGCAGAGGACGAACAGGUGGGUGGGUGCUGGGAAGGCAGGUAACUCGUGAGUCGAGUCACAACGAGGUGGCAGCAUUGGACACGGUGCGAGGGCACCCUCAUAUUGUGCAACUCGUGGAGACAAUAGAGGACGAACAGGUGGGUGGGUGCUGGGAAGGCAGAGGACGAACAGGUGGGUGGGUGCUGGGAAGGCAGGUAACUCGUGAGUCGAGUCACAACGAGGUGGCAGCAUUGGACACGGUGCGAGGGCACCCUCAUAUUGUGCAACUCGUGGAGACAAUUGAGGACGAACAGGUGGGUGGGUGCUGGGAAGGCAGAGGACGAACAGGUGGGUGGGUGCUGGGAAGGCAGGUAACUCGUGAGUCGAGUCACAACGAGGUGGCAGCAUUGGACACGGUGCGAGGGCACCCUCAUAUUGUGCAACUCGUGGAGACAAUAGAGGACGAACAGGUGGGUGGGUGCUGGGAAGGCAGAGGACGAACAGGUGGGUGGGUGCUGGGAAGGCAGGUAACUCGUGAGUCGAGUCACAACGAGGUGGCAGCAUUGGACACGGUGCGAGGGCACCCUCAUAUUGUGCAACUCGUGGAGACAAUUGAGGACGAACAGGUGGGUGGGUGCUGGGAAGGCAGAGGACGAACAGGUGGGUGGGUGCUGGGAAGGCAGGUAACUCGUGAGUCGAGUCACAACGAGGUGGCAGCAUUGGACACGGUGCGAGGGCACCCUCAUAUUGUGCAACUCGUGGAGACAAUAGAGGACGAACAGGUGGGUGGGUGCUGGGAAGGCAGAGGACGAACAGGUGGGUGGGUGCUGGGAAGGCAGGUAACUCGUGAGUCGAGUCACAACGAGGUGGCAGCAUUGGACACGGUGCGAGGGCACCCUCAUAUUGUGCAACUCGUGGAGACAAUAGAGGACGAACAGGUGGGUGGGUGCUGGGAAGGCAGAGGACGAACAGGUGGGUGGGUGCUGGGAAGGCAGGUAACUCGUGAGUCGAGUCACAACGAGGUGGCAGCAUUGGACACGGUGCGAGGGCACCCUCAUAUUGUGCAACUCGUGGAGACAAUAGAGGACGAACAGGUGGGUGGGUGCUGGGAAGGCAGAGGACGAACAGGUGGGUGGGUGCUGGGAAGGCAGGUAACUCGUGAGUCGAGUCACAACGAGGUGGCAGCAUUGGACACGGUGCGAGGGCACCCUCAUAUUGUGCAACUCGUGGAGACAAUAGAGGACGAACAGGUGGGUGGGUGCUGGGAAGGCAGAGGACGAACAGGUGGGUGGGUGCUGGGAAGGCAGGUAACUCGUGAGUCGAGUCACAACGAGGUGGCAGCAUUGGACACGGUGCGAGGGCACCCUCAUAUUGUGCAACUCGUGGAGACAAUAGAGGACGAACAGGUGGGUGGGUGGGUGCUGGGAAGGCAGGUAACUCGUGAGUCGAGUCACAACGAGGUGGCAGCAUUGGACACGGUGCGAGGGCGCCCUCAUAUUGUGCAACUCGUGGAGACAAUAGAGGACGAACAGGUGGGUGGGUGCUGGGAAGGCAGAGGACGAACAGGUGGGUGGGUGCUGGGAAGGCAGGUAACUCGUGAGUCGAGUCACAACGAGGUGGCAGCAUUGGACACGGUGCGAGGGCACCCUCAUAUUGUGCAACUCGUGGAGACAAUAGAGGACGAACAGGUGGGUGGGUGCUGGGAAGGCAGAGGACGAACAGGUGGGUGGGUGCUGGGAAGGCAGGUAACUCGUGAGUCGAGUCACAACGAGGUGGCAGCAUUGGACACGGUGCGAGGGCACCCUCAUAUUGUGCAACUCGUGGAGACAAUUGAGGACGAACAGGUGGGUGGGUGCUGGGAAGGCAGAGGACGAACAGGUGGGUGGGUGCUGGGAAGGCAGGUAACUCGUGAGUCGAGUCACAACGAGGUGGCAGCAUUGGACACGGUGCGAGGGCACCCUCAUAUUGUGCAACUCGUGGAGACAAUAGAGGACGAACAGGUGGGUGGGUGCUGGGAAGGCAGAGGACGAACAGGUGGGUGGGUGCUGGGAAGGCAGGUAACUCGUGAGUCGAGUCACAACGAGGUGGCAGCAUUGGACACGGUGCGAGGGCACCCUCAUAUUGUGCAACUCGUGGAGACAAUAGAGGACGAACAGGUGGGUGGGUGCUGGGAAGGCAGAGGACGAACAGGUGGGUGGGUGCUGGGAAGGCAGGUAACUCGUGAGUCGAGUCACAACGAGGUGGCAGCAUUGGACACGGUGCGAGGGCACCCUCAUAUUGUGCAACUCGUGGAGACAAUAGAGGACGAACAGGUGGGUGGGUGCUGGGAAGGCAGAGGACGAACAGGUGGGUGGGUGCUGGGAAGGCAGGUAACUCGUGAGUCGAGUCACAACGAGGUGGCAGCAUUGGACACGGUGCGAGGGCACCCUCAUAUUGUGCAACUCGUGGAGACAAUAGAGGACGAACAGGUGGGUGGGUGGGUGCUGGGAAGGCAGGUAACUCGUGAGUCGAGUCACAACGAGGUGGCAGCAUUGGACACGGUGCGAGGGCACCCUCAUAUUGUGCAACUCGUGGAGACAAUAGAGGACGAACAGGUGGGUGGGUGCUGGGAAGGCAGAGGACGAACAGGUGGGUGGGUGCUGGGAAGGCAGGUAACUCGUGAGUCGAGUCACAACGAGGUGGCAGCAUUGGACACGGUGCGAGGGCACCCUCAUAUUGUGCAACUCGUGGAGACAAUAGAGGACGAACAGGUGGGUGGGUGCUGGGAAGGCAGAGGACGAACAGGUGGGUGGGUGCUGGGAAGGCAGGUAACUCGUGAGUCGAGUCACAACGAGGUGGCAGCAUUGGACACGGUGCGAGGGCACCCUCAUAUUGUGCAACUCGUGGAGACAAUAGAGGACGAACAGGUGGGUGGGUGCUGGGAAGGCAGAGGACGAACAGGUGGGUGGGUGCUGGGAAGGCAGGUAACUCGUGAGUCGAGUCACAACGAGGUGGCAGCAUUGGACACGGUGCGAGGGCACCCUCAUAUUGUGCAACUCGUGGAGACAAUAGAGGACGAACAGGUGGGUGGGUGCUGGGAAGGCAGAGGACGAACAGGUGGGUGGGUGCUGGGAAGGCAGGUAACUCGUGAGUCGAGUCACAACGAGGUGGCAGCAUUGGACACGGUGCGAGGGCACCCUCAUAUUGUGCAACUCGUGGAGACAAUAGAGGACGAACAGGUGGGUGGGUGCUGGGAAGGCAGAGGACGAACAGGUGGGUGGGUGCUGGGAAGGCAGGUAACUCGUGAGUCGAGUCACAACGAGGUGGCAGCAUUGGACACGGUGCGAGGGCACCCUCAUAUUGUGCAACUCGUGGAGACAAUAGAGGACGAACAGGUGGGUGGGUGCUGGGAAGGCAGAGGACGAACAGGUGGGUGGGUGCUGGGAAGGCAGGUAACUCGUGAGUCGAGUCACAACGAGGUGGCAGCAUUGGACACGGUGCGAGGGCACCCUCAUAUUGUGCAACUCGUGGAGACAAUUGAGGACGAACAGGUGGGUGGGUGCUGGGAAGGCAGAGGACGAACAGGUGGGUGGGUGCUGGGAAGGCAGGUAACUCGUGAGUCGAGUCACAACGAGGUGGCAGCAUUGGACACGGUGCGAGGGCACCCUCAUAUUGUGCAACUCGUGGAGACAAUUGAGGACGAACAGGUGGGUGGGUGCUGGGAAGGCAGAGGACGAACAGGUGGGUGGGUGCUGGGAAGGCAGGUAACUCGUGAGUCGAGUCACAACGAGGUGGCAGCAUUGGACACGGUGCGAGGGCACCCUCAUAUUGUGCAACUCGUGGAGACAAUUGAGGACGAACAGGUGGGUGGGUGCUGGGAAGGUGGGUGGGUGCUGGGAAGGCAGGUAACUCGUGAGUCGAGUCACAACGAGGUGGCAGCAUUGGACACGGUGCGAGGGCACCCUCAUAUUGUGCAACUCGUGGAGACAAUAGAGGACGAACAGGUGGGUGGGUGCUGGGAAGGCAGAGGACGAACAGGUGGGUGGGUGCUGGGAAGGCAGGUAACUCGUGAGUCGAGUCACAACGAGGUGGCAGCAUUGGACACGGUGCGAGGGCACCCUCAUAUUGUGCAACUCGUGGAGACAAUAGAGGACGAACAGGUGGGUGGGUGCUGGGAAGGCAGAGGACGAACAGGUGGGUGGGUGCUGGGAAGGCAGGUAACUCGUGAGUCGAGUCACAACGAGGUGGCAGCAUUGGACACGGUGCGAGGGCACCCUCAUAUUGUGCAACUCGUGGAGACAAUAGAGGACGAACAGGUGGGUGGGUGCUGGGAAGGCAGAGGACGAACAGGUGGGUGGGUGCUGGGAAGGCAGGUAACUCGUGAGUCGAGUCACAACGAGGUGGCAGCAUUGGACACGGUGCGAGGACACCCUCAUAUUGUGCAACUCGUGGAGACAAUAGAGGACGAACAGGUGGGUGGGUGCUGGGAAGGCAGGUGGGUGGGUGCUGGGAAGGCAGGUGGGUGGGUGCUGGGAAGGCAGGUAACUCGUGAGUCGAGUCACAACGAGGUGGCAGCAUUGGACACGGUGCGAGGGCACCCUCAUAUUGUGCAACUCGUGGAGACAAUAGAGGACGAACAGGUGGGUGGGUGCUGGGAAGGCAGGUGGGUGGGUGCUGGGAAGGCAGGUGGGUGGGUGCUGGGAAGGCAGGUAACUCGUGAGUCGAGUCACAACGAGGUGGCAGCAUUGGACACGGUGCGAGGGCACCCUCAUAUUGUGCAACUCGUGGAGACAAUAGAGGACGAACAGGUGGGUGGGUGGGUGCUGGGAAGGCAGGUAACUCGUGAGUCGAGUCACAACGAGGUGGCAGCAUUGGACACGGUGCGAGGGCACCCUCAUAUUGUGCAACUCGUGGAGACAAUUGAGGACGAACAGGUGGGUGGGUGCUGGGAAGGCAGAGGACGAACAGGUGGGUGGGUGCUGGGAAGGCAGGUAACUCGUGAGUCGAGUCACAACGAGGUGGCAGCAUUGGACACGGUGCGAGGGCACCCUCAUAUUGUGCAACUCGUGGAGACAAUAGAGGACGAACAGGUGGGUGGGUGCUGGGAAGGCAGGUGGGUGGGUGCUGGGAAGGCAGGUGGGUGGGUGCUGGGAAGGCAGGUAACUCGUGAGUCGAGUCACAACGAGGUGGCAGCAUUGGACACGGUGCGAGGGCACCCUCAUAUUGUGCAACUCGUGGAGACAACUGAGGACGAACAGGUGGGUGGGUGCUGGGAAGGCAGAGGACGAACAGGUGGGUGGGUGCUGGGAAGGCAGGUAACUCGUGAGUCGAGUCACAACGAGGUGGCAGCAUUGGACACGGUGCGAGGGCACCCUCAUAUUGUGCAACUCGUGGAGACAAUAGAGGACGAACAGGUGGGUGGGUGCUGGGAAGGCAGAGGACGAACAGGUGGGUGGGUGCUGGGAAGGCAGGUAACUCGUGAGUCGAGUCACAACGAGGUGGCAGCAUUGGACACGGUGCGAGGGCACCCUCAUAUUGUGCAACUCGUGGAGACAAUAGAGGACGAACAGGUGGGUGGGUGCUGGGAAGGCAGAGGACGAACAGGUGGGUGGGUGCUGGGAAGGCAGGUAACUCGUGAGUCGAGUCACAACGAGGUGGCAGCAUUGGACACGGUGCGAGGGCACCCUCAUAUUGUGCAACUCGUGGAGACAAUUGAGGACGAACAGGUGGGUGGGUGCUGGGAAGGCAGAGGACGAACAGGUGGGUGGGUGCUGGGAAGGCAGGUAACUCGUGAGUCGAGUCACAACGAGGUGGCAGCAUUGGACACGGUGCGAGGGCACCCUCAUAUUGUGCAACUCGUGGAGACAAUUGAGGACGAACAGGUGGGUGGGUGCUGGGAAGGCAGAGGACGAACAGGUGGGUGGGUGCUGGGAAGGCAGGUAACUCGUGAGUCGAGUCACAACGAGGUGGCAGCAUUGGACACGGUGCGAGGGCACCCUCAUAUUGUGCAACUCGUGGAGACAAUUGAGGACGAACAGGUGGGUGGGUGCUGGGAAGGUGGGUGGGUGCUGGGAAGGCAGGUAACUCGUGAGUCGAGUCACAACGAGGUGGCAGCAUUGGACACGGUGCGAGGGCACCCUCAUAUUGUGCAACUCGUGGAGACAAUAGAGGACGAACAGGUGGGUGGGUGCUGGGAAGGCAGAGGACGAACAGGUGGGUGGGUGCUGGGAAGGCAGGUAACUCGUGAGUCGAGUCACAACGAGGUGGCAGCAUUGGACACGGUGCGAGGGCACCCUCAUAUUGUGCAACUCGUGGAGACAAUAGAGGACGAACAGGUGGGUGGGUGCUGGGAAGGCAGAGGACGAACAGGUGGGUGGGUGCUGGGAAGGCAGGUAACUCGUGAGUCGAGUCACAACGAGGUGGCAGCAUUGGACACGGUGCGAGGGCACCCUCAUAUUGUGCAACUCGUGGAGACAAUAGAGGACGAACAGGUGGGUGGGUGCUGGGAAGGCAGAGGACGAACAGGUGGGUGGGUGCUGGGAAGGCAGGUAACUCGUGAGUCGAGUCACAACGAGGUGGCAGCAUUGGACACGGUGCGAGGACACCCUCAUAUUGUGCAACUCGUGGAGACAAUAGAGGACGAACAGGUGGGUGGGUGCUGGGAAGGCAGGUGGGUGGGUGCUGGGAAGGCAGGUGGGUGGGUGCUGGGAAGGCAGGUAACUCGUGAGUCGAGUCACAACGAGGUGGCAGCAUUGGACACGGUGCGAGGGCACCCUCAUAUUGUGCAACUCGUGGAGACAAUAGAGGACGAACAGGUGGGUGGGUGCUGGGAAGGCAGGUGGGUGGGUGCUGGGAAGGCAGGUGGGUGGGUGCUGGGAAGGCAGGUAACUCGUGAGUCGAGUCACAACGAGGUGGCAGCAUUGGACACGGUGCGAGGGCACCCUCAUAUUGUGCAACUCGUGGAGACAAUAGAGGACGAACAGGUGGGUGGGUGGGUGCUGGGAAGGCAGGUAACUCGUGAGUCGAGUCACAACGAGGUGGCAGCAUUGGACACGGUGCGAGGGCACCCUCAUAUUGUGCAACUCGUGGAGACAAUUGAGGACGAACAGGUGGGUGGGUGCUGGGAAGGCAGAGGACGAACAGGUGGGUGGGUGCUGGGAAGGCAGGUAACUCGUGAGUCGAGUCACAACGAGGUGGCAGCAUUGGACACGGUGCGAGGGCACCCUCAUAUUGUGCAACUCGUGGAGACAAUAGAGGACGAACAGGUGGGUGGGUGCUGGGAAGGCAGGUGGGUGGGUGCUGGGAAGGCAGGUGGGUGGGUGCUGGGAAGGCAGGUAACUCGUGAGUCGAGUCACAACGAGGUGGCAGCAUUGGACACGGUGCGAGGGCACCCUCAUAUUGUGCAACUCGUGGAGACAAUAGAGGACGAACAGGUGGGUGGGUGCUGGGAAGGCAGAGGACGAACAGGUGGGUGGGUGCUGGGAAGGCAGGUAACUCGUGAGUCGAGUCACAACGAGGUGGCAGCAUUGGACACGGUGCGAGGGCACCCUCAUAUUGUGCAACUCGUGGAGACAAUUGAGGACGAACAGGUGGGUGGGUGCUGGGAAGGCAGAGGACGAACAGGUGGGUGGGUGCUGGGAAGGCAGGUAACUCGUGAGUCGAGUCACAACGAGGUGGCAGCAUUGGACACGGUGCGAGGGCACCCUCAUAUUGUGCAACUCGUGGAGACAAUUGAGGACGAACAGGUGGGUGGGUGCUGGGAAGGCAGAGGACGAACAGGUGGGUGGGUGCUGGGAAGGCAGGUAACUCGUGAGUCGAGUCACAACGAGGUGGCAGCAUUGGACACGGUGCGAGGGCACCCUCAUAUUGUGCAACUCGUGGAGACAAUUGAGGACGAACAGGUGGGUGGGUGCUGGGAAGGCAGAGGACGAACAGGUGGGUGGGUGCUGGGAAGGCAGGUAACUCGUGAGUCGAGUCACAACGAGGUGGCAGCAUUGGACACGGUGCGAGGGCACCCUCAUAUUGUGCAACUCGUGGAGACAACUGAGGACGAACAGGUGGGUGGGUGCUGGGAAGGCAGGUGGGUGGGUGCUGGGAAGGCAGGUGGGUGGGUGCUGGGAAGGCAGGUAACUCGUGAGUCGAGUCACAACGAGGUGGCAGCAUUGGACACGGUGCGAGGGCACCCUCAUAUUGUGCAACUCGUGGAGACAAUAGAGGACGAACAGGUGGGUGGGUGCUGGGAAGGCAGGUGGGUGGGUGCUGGGAAGGCAGGUGGGUGGGUGCUGGGAAGGCAGGUAACUCGUGAGUCGAGUCACAACGAGGUGGCAGCAUUGGACACGGUGCGAGGGCACCCUCAUAUUGUGCAACUCGUGGAGACAAUAGAGGACGAACAGGUGGGUGGGUGCUGGGAAGGCAGAGGACGAACAGGUGGGUGGGUGCUGGGAAGGCAGGUAACUCGUGAGUCGAGUCACAACGAGGUGGCAGCAUUGGACACGGUGCGAGGGCACCCUCAUAUUGUGCAACUCGUGGAGACAAUUGAGGACGAACAGGUGGGUGGGUGCUGGGAAGGCAGAGGACGAACAGGUGGGUGGGUGCUGGGAAGGCAGGUAACUCGUGAGUCGAGUCACAACGAGGUGGCAGCAUUGGACACGGUGCGAGGGCACCCUCAUAUUGUGCAACUCGUGGAGACAAUUGAGGACGAACAGGUGGGUGGGUGCUGGGAAGGCAGGUGGGUGGGUGCUGGGAAGGCAGGUGGGUGGGUGCUGGGAAGGCAGGUAACUCGUGAGUCGAGUCACAACGAGGUGGCAGCAUUGGACACGGUGCGAGGGCACCCUCAUAUUGUGCAACUCGUGGAGACAACUGAGGACGAACAGGUGGGUGGGUGCUGGGAAGGCAGAGGACGUGAUGAACAAGGUGGCAGCAUUGGACAUGGUGCGAGGGCACCCUCACAUUGUGCAGCUGGUGGAGACGAUAGAGACGAGCAGGUGGGUGGGUGCUGGGUGAUAGGAGAGGACAAGGAGGCCAUCUACCUCAUCCUUGACCUCUGUGAGGGCGGCACACUGCAGCAGGCCGUCCGAAACGAGGGGCCCUUAAACGAGCGGCGGGCGGCGGCGGUUUGUCAGGGAGUGGCGGCGGCGCUGCAGUGGUGCCACGGGUGUGGGGUGAUGCACCGCGAUGUGAAGCCCGACAACAUCCUCCUUGUGCGGCUCAGCGAUGACACUUAUGUCAAGUUGGCCGACUUUGGAAUAUCCCUCUUCUUCCAGGAAGGUGUGUCCUGCAGGGAGACAGUGGGGUCAGCAGCCUUCAUAGCACCGGAGAUGCUGCAGCACUCCUACUCCCACACAGUGGACGUCUGGUCCCUCGGCUGCGUGCUCUUCUUCCUUCUCGCGGGGGUCGUUCCCUUCCGAGGCGCCACCAAGGAGGAGACGUUCGAGCGAAUCAUGGAGUGCCACGUGGACAGGGCCAUGCGGUUACCACCGUGGCCGCGGGUGUCCCCCGCGGCAAAGGACCUGGUGCGGCGGCUGCUGACUCGGGACCCCCAUGAUAGAAUCACCCUUGAAGAGGUUUUAUGUCACCCAUGGAUCACCGGCAACUAG